GAUAAAUUCUGUGUACACCAGCAGUUACGGAGUAAAUAUGGCCGUUUGGAGCAGGCUUUUACUUGAAACUAAUCAGAAAUUGUUUCGUUCAAAUGGAUUAUUACGAAAAUUAUUACCAAACAAUAAUGGUAAUACAGUUAACAUUCAACAAGGGACUGUAAGAUGCAUGUCCGAUCAUCAUGUUAUGGAAGUUUGUGCAAGUCGUUGGCAAUGGUAUAAAACUAAGGAUUGGAUGCACUUUUAUUUCUUCGUAGGUGCCAUACCUGCAGCUCUAAUUAUAUUCUGUAGUAAUAUAUUCAUAGGCCCUGCAACUUUAGAACCAAUUCCAGAAGGAUAUAAACCACAGCUGUGGGAAUAUUAUAGAUCCCCUAUUUCCAGAUUUCUGGCACAACAUAAAGUAGUGAAAUGUAUAAAGAACUACAAUGACUACAGAUACUGGUCUUAUAAGAGAUAUGCAUUUUCUGGCCCUGGACUAGAGCGAGCAAGAAUGCUAGUGGACAAAUUACGUUUUAACUAA